AUGGAUCCUGUUCCUAUUCUUCAACAGGAGAUAAAUUACAAUAUGUCAAAACUCAAAAAGAACUUAUCUAACCGUGAAGAUAUGCUGAAUGAUAAACGUGGUGGAAAUAUUGAUAUAUUUAAUAACAUCGGUGUGCAAAUGCUCGAUGAUAUUAAGGUAAUUAGAACUUCACUUUCAGAUAUUGCCGAAUCAAUAGAAGCUGUUAGAAAACACAUGGGUGAUUAUAAUAUUACCGAAACAACUUUACUUCAAAGAGAACAAUAUAUUAAAGUUAAUCUCGAUGAACUUAUAAGAAUUGAACAAGAAGUUCAAACACAAAAUAACAGACGAAAUACUUUAAAUAAAACUGUAUCUUACUCUGGACCUCAAACAUUUAGCAAUACGGAUGGGCAACAAUCAUUAACAGACAUCAUUAAGAAAGAUCAAAUCGAAGAUCUUCAUUAUUCUGCAACUCUUUCAAAGCAACUCGCGAAUCAGAUUUUUGAUGAGUUAAAUGACCAACAAAAUCUUAUUUCCACAUUAGAUGAUGAUGUUACUAAUGCUGACGAAGCAAUGAAAAAGGUUACUUCUGAAAUUAAAAAAUUAAUGGAAAUAGAAGGUAAAACGCCAACCAUGCUUGUUGCAAUUUUAUCUGUUGUGUUUAUAAUAUUACUUUUUAUUGUAAUUUGA